GCUAAACUGUUGUUGGGGCUGCGUGGCCUUUCCUGGUCCUCUGUCUGUCGCUUAGGGGGAGGAGCUGCAGCCCAUGUUGGGCGUUCUGGAUCUUGAUAUCACUGAGGGCUUCCUGUCAGGAUGCCAAGAGCAGCAGCGCGUCCUGCCCUGUCGACGGCUUCAUCACACACUUCUGUCUGACAGGAUUUCUACAUACGCUGCCUUUUGUUGCCUUCGAUGGAAAACGCUGCAAGAAUUUCCCAGAAGUCCUGUGUCAAAAUAUACCUGUGCACAAACCCAGAAGGUGAUCGACCCUUACGAGAGCCCUGGAUGCCAAGGGCCUCCAGGGCCCAGGGCCCGACAGCAGCUUCUGGAGGAGUGCCGGGUCUCAUCCGCCGGCCCCUUCUUUGUGGCCCUGCUGGGGCAGCGGUAUGGCAGUGCAGGCCUACCCACACAGAUAGAGGUCUCAGAGUUUCAGGCAGUGCUAUGGACAUGCCAGCAGAUGGCGCUGAGCACGAAAACUCUAGAGCGCUGGUACCGCAGGGAUGACAACGCCAUCCCCGCCUCCUUCUUCCUACAGGCAGGUGAAGAACGUGAGGAGAGAGAGGCGGCCUAUGAGGAUGUUAGGAUGAUCCUUCAGACCGUUGUGACACGAUGCGUUCAGGAAAGGAUUCUGACCUCUGAAAAGGCACGGAAGUACUUCACCUCGGCUCUAGAGAGCGAACUAAGAUUUGCACUGGAGGACCGUCCCCUUGAAGAUGUCGAGAGGUGCUUCUGUUAUGUCCACAAGAUCGCUGACAUGAACGACCAUGGAGAGGCGACCGGAGAAGCUGAGCCGGGCUUGGUGUCGGACCCCCCGGACCAGGCCUCUCUCAACAACCCCUUGAUCUAUCUUCAGGAGCAGUUACUACCAAGCCUGGCUGCUCCCAGGAAGAUCCUCAUCUACACAUCCAGCCCAGAUGAGGAGGACACAGAGGCCAGGAAGCAGUACACCGAUGUCCUGUGCCAGCAGCUCUACACUGACCUGCAGGACAUCAUCAACCGCACUCUCGUUAGGGACCAGGCACACGCCAACGACCCCCUCUUCCAGGACCUCCUCCAGCAGUGGGAUCUCUGCAAUGUCUACUCUCGUCUGUACAAGGUGGAAAGUCCGGAGGUCCAAGAUGUAAAAUCAUAUCUGGAGCAGAGCGAUACGAAAUACCCGCUCAUCCUCAGCGGGCGACCCUGCGCGGGCAAAACCGUGCUUCUGGCUCACUGUGCCACACAGGUGAAAACUUGGAUGGACGGGAAACACCCUUUGGUGGUGGUUUAUUUUGUGAGGGGCGGCACUCUGAAAGAGCUACUCAUCAGUGUGUGUCACCAAAUCACAGCAGGAUGCCUAGAUCUGCCUCACCUCCAAGCAUUCCAGUCACUCAGUCAACUGGUUGAAUACUUUACAGACCUCCUGAUUAGGACUUCCACAUCAAAACGUCCUCUAGUCCUCAUCCUUGAUGGGCUGGACCAAUUGGGUCAUGAGGAAGACGGGUCCUGCAAUCUCACAUGGCUUCCACAGUCUUUACUUUCCAACGUCAAACUCCUUAUUUCCACAACACCUAAAAAGUCAGCAACCCUUCAGACCCUCAUGGCUCUGUACUCAAAAUCUUCUCUGUUCUUGGAGCUGGGCCUGAAACAGAAGAGGAAACUCACCCAGAUGCUCACAGACCUCCUGUUUGACUACAACAGGAGGAUCACAUCAGGACAGCAGAUAUAUGUGGGUCAAGCCCUGGAAGACUGUCCUCUCAUGAUGUAUGUUGAAUUACUCCACAGGCAAGUGUGUGAGUGGGGAUCCGAGACAGAGGUCACUGAGCAUUCCAUAACCACAGGAGUCCACAACAACAUCGGUAUAUUCCUAGGCAGGCUUGAAAAGAAACAUGGGACAGAGUUAGUCUCCAGAGCGAUGUGCUAUCUCACCGUAUCCAGGCUGGGCCUCACAGAGGCUGAGUUAACUGAUGUCCUAUCUGCAGACAACAGAGUGCUUUCUCAAUACCUGCCUUGUGGAGAAACCCCACCAUAUAAAUUCAGGGUCCCAGAGACUGCAGUAGAGGGCCUGCUCAUUGACCUGAGGGGGUUUCUCCUGAGGAGGUAUGUGGCUGGAUGCAAGGUGCUCUUCUGGGCCAGCAGACAUUUCCCACUAGCCGUGAACAAGCUCUACAUGAGUUCAGAUGAAGUAACCCAAGAAGUCCACACUGUGUUAGCAGACUACUUCAGUGGACGCUGGGCAUAUGGUAGAGCUAAGUCACUAAUUGUCAGCAGGGAUACCAUCAAGCAGUCAAACUCCCAGCCUGCUCCUCAAAUAAUACCAGAGAAAGUUUACAUUGACAGGCAACACCCUGGGCAGCCUUGGCUCAUUGAGUCUCCCUUAUCACGCUUUGUGCAAGUAAACUUGAGGAAGAUUCUGGAGCUUCUCUUCCAAAUGAAAGCAGGCAGGAGGUUGGAGGAGUUGGGAAGGACUGUGAUGUCUUUUGGGUUCCAUGAGGCGAUGCUGAAGGCAGGUCGGCUGGAAGAAUUAGUCUCAGAGCUACAAGACGCUUCCUUACUUGUCUUCCACCAAGAGCUUCGACUUCUUGCCAGCAUCUUUAAAGACUCAGUCUGCCUGCUCCUAGACUGCCCUGAAGAGUUGCCUAUGGUGAUCCAGGCUAAGCUUCUCCCAUUCCUUGAUGUUGUACCUAGUCUUGAAUGCUACAUAAAACAGGUCUUUGAGGAAGGCAGGAAAAACAAUAGCUUGUCCGUGGUUCAUUCCUCCAUCACCACAGUGCCCUCAACGCGCUGGAUGCUGUCGGAUGUGGACCCUUCCCCCGUCGUGCAGGUGUUAGAUGUUCAAUGCAACACAUUACUGAUAAUUCUCCAGAAUGGGUCCCUUUGGGCUUGGAAUGAGCAUAUCCCAGGAGGCUUUCAGCACAUUCACUUAUCAAACUUGGAAUUUUCAGGUGGCCAAAGUGCACAGGAUUUUCUGUUGCUGUCAACACAAUGUGGGAGGCUCUUCUUGUGUCACUUUCCUGGCCCCUCGUGCAUUUGUGAAGUAAACUCUGAGAGCAGCCUUCCUGACUCACACACGGGCCGAGGCACUAGACUCCAAGUUGAAGGCUUCUUUGUGUCGGACAGUAUAUUGUUUGUGUGGUACAAAGACACUAGUCAUGUUAGUAUGUUCGAUAUAAACACAGGAGCAGGACUCCCCCCACUAUGCUGCCAAUCCAGAGUGAGCUGCAUGUCAUGUUCCCCUAAUGGCCUUCUCAUCCUAUGUGGACAGGAUGAAGGCAAGGUCUUGCUGUUUGAUGUUCAAAGGAAACAUCAACUUUCCACAUGCUUCAAUCCAGAGGGAGGCUCUGUUAUUUCUAUUCACUUUCAUAAUGAGAAUGAACUUGUGUGUGUGGACAGCUUUGGGAGUGUUUUUGUAUGGGAUAUGAAAACCAUAUCUGAUCCCAAGCUUAAGAAAUCUUGCUGUUUUACUGAGGACCAAGAUGUUGUCUUAAAUACUGAACACUCACAUGAAAACAAAGCCUUAGUCAUUUGUAAGAAACACCAAGUCUGGCUGUGGGACACUAGUGACUGGACAAUGGAAGAGCAGUUUAGCGUACCUGCAGGCAAGGCUUUCACUCGAGCCACGCUAGUCAAAGGGGGCCAUCUUAUCAUUGCUUCCCUGGAGGAUUGUCCAUUUCUACUGGUGUGGAAGACGACCACUGGUCAAUGCGUUCUGAGUCUAGAUGUUGGUGACACCCAAGUGAUUAAGUUCCUCAAACAGGAGUCAACCCUUUUAGCCAUUACUGCUAAUGGAGUACUCACUGCUUGGGGCUUGGACUUGAUCUGGCGGGCCUCCGCGAUCUCCAGAACUGGUAUAAAGGUGAAAAAGAUCCACUUGGAACCAACUGGAGGUCACUUUUACACUGCAGAUGGCACUGAGCUGGUGUGGAGGUGGGACAUGCUUAGCGGGAGAGCUGGGGCAUGCUUCAAGCAUGAGGGACGUAUAAAGACAUUUGCCCUCUCUCCAGACUGCGAGCAUCUUGUCUCUGCAUCCGCAGUGGACAUCUAUGUCUGGCGGACAGACACGGGGCAGAAUCUCCAUCGCGUACGGGGCAGCAAUCCCAUUUCCAAUCUGCUCGUCACACCCAACAGCAACUUUGUGGUGUCACUGUGCCAGAGAGGCCUCUCUCGGGUUUGGAAUCUGAACAGCGGCCACAUUGUAUGCAGCAUUCACCUGCACCUGAGAAACGCCGCCAUCUCUGCCGAGAGCACCUUUCUCCUGGGCCUUCACAAGCACGACCUCCUGGCCAUCAGCCUGUGGUCUGGCUGUACCAACAAAAAGUUCUCCUGCUCCAGCAAGUUAGCUGUAGUAGCCUUCCAACCUCUGCUGCACCAUCCUGACUAUGUGCUGGUGCUCAGCAGUUCUGGCUACCUGUUUACUUGGAAGGUCACAGAAGAAACCAUCUUCCAGCAUGUUCAGGUACCUCACACUCUUCUGGACCAGCCAGACUUAUUUCAGUUCUCCUCAGAUGGAAAGUAUGUUGUUCUGUCCACUACUGGAACGACCAUUAACAUCCUGGACACCCAAAAUGGGAGACUGUGUUUGUUAGAGGCUGAGACCCCACUCACGCUGGUUAGCAUGGACAUUGCUGGACGCUACAUUGCGUACAUUUGUGUGCCUGACCCCACUGAGUGUGCCUGUGACCUCCAUUGCAAGCCAACACUCUCUGUGGCUGACAUAUCCAAUGGAAAGAAGGUGGGGAGGCUCCGCCUUGGUUCAUUCCCCUCCACCCUGAGGCUCUCAGACGAACUAUGUGUCUAUGUGGGAUUCCAGGAUGGCUCUGUGGGCAUUUAUGCUAUUUCUGACAUGCCGGAUAGCAGUGACAUCAUUAGGAGGCGCCUCAGAGAUCUCGGUCAGGCGACUCAAUGUCCAUAUGAAGAACCCCAGGUCUGGGAACCACUCACAGCACACACUAUAACAUUUGUGGAUCCUGGUUCUGAAGUGUGUUAAGCCACAUGGCCUCCCCACAGCGACAGCAAUGAUCCUUAAGGAAAACCCGUGACAUGGUUUCCCAGCCAUUUUGUGUAACUCUGCGUUAACUUUUGAAUGAUACAUAAAGCUUGUAGAUAACUUUAGACUAGUCUGUCUAAAUAGUAAUUCAUAAGUAAUAUUGUGCCUUUGAAUUAUCUGCUUUUUUGCUAACUAUAAUAAUGGUGAACAAGUUAUUACUGCUUCAGGUAAACAAAAUAUGAAUCAUAUUGAAAUAGAAAGUUGUGUACCUAAAUAUUAUUUUUUACAGAAUAAACAUUUUGCAUGUUUUUUCUAUUAAUCUGGCAGCUUUGUAAUAACAUAUCUGCUUAACUGGUUAUCUAAUAUUUUAUCAAAAUAAAGUUAUAAUGU